AUGUGGCGGAUUAAUUUACUGUAUCAGAACUCAGUCCCAGCGGUAAAUCAACGAAAAAAAAUCGUUCCGGAAAAACUAAUUGAAAAGUCGACAGUAACUCAGAAAAAAGCGAAAACGCUGCAAUCGAAUAAGCCAUCAGCAGCCACCACAUCAGCUUUAUUGCCAGGACCUGAAUAUCAACACAAUAAUGAUGACCGUGAUGUGCUUAUGCCGAUUGAUCUCGACAACUCGGCGUUAUCGGCCACCGCAAAGUCGUCGAUCAAAAAGAAAAAAGAAUAG